AAGGACAACGUUACCUUACCGCUACUACGACUCUACAACUGAGCCAACUUUCCUUCCAUUGAUUUUCUCUCUCCUCCCUCUCUUCUUCUUUCACAUCAUCCUAAUCAAUUUUUCUUCAAUCUUCAACAAUGGCGUUAUUAUUUCAUUGCAAUCCUUCACCAAUUUCAUUUUCUCUCUCCUCCAAUUUCUCCCCAAAACCGUCGUCAUUUACAUUCCAAACUCGAUUUCUCUCUCUUAAAAUCAACGAAACGACGCCGUUUUCGCUCAAGCGUCCCCAAUUUGCGACUCAAUCGAUCAGUAAAUCAUCAGCUUCUUCUUCUUCUUUUUCCUCUUUCAGCGAGGUAAUUGAGUCUUUGAUUAAUCGAACUGAUUUGUCGGUGUCAGAAGCAGAAGCGUCGUUAAAUUUCUUGUUGAGUGACGCAAAUGAAGCCCUGAUUAGCGCUUUUCUUGUUUUGUUGAGAGCUAAAGGUGAAACCUAUGAAGAAAUAGUUGGAUUGGCAAAUGCAAUGAUGAAACACUGUAAAAGUGUGGAUGGUUUGGAGGAUGCUGUUGACAUUGUUGGUACUGGUGGCGAUGGUGCGAACACGGUGAACAUCUCUACGGGUGCUUCGAUAUUGGCUGCUGCUUGUGGCGCGAAAGUAGCCAAGCAAGGGAACAGAUCAAGCUCUUCAGCUUGUGGGAGUGCAGAUGUCUUGGAAGAAUUAGGGAUUGCCAUAGACUUGGAGCCUGAGGGAAUUAGAAGAUGUUUAACGGAAGCAGGAAUUGGUUUCAUGAUGGCGCCAACUUACCAUCCUGCCAUGAAGGUUGUUAGACCAAUAAGGAAGAAGCUUAAGGUUAAAACAGUGUUCAACAUCCUAGGUCCAAUGUUAAAUCCAGCUCGUGUACCUUAUAAAGUUGUUGGGGUUUAUUCUGAAGAUAUCGUAGCUAAAAUGGCCAAGGCCCUUCAAAGUUUUGGCAUGAAGAGGGCAUUGGUAGUGCACUCAGAAGGAUUGGAUGAGAUGAGCCCUAUGGGCCCAGGAAUGAUUCUUGAUGUGACUCCCGAUAGAAUAGAGAAGUUUUCUUUUGAGCCAUUGGAUUUUGGCAUUCCUCGUUGCACCGUGAAAGAUUUGCGAGGAGGUGGACCGGAGUACAAUGCAGAGGUUUUGAAGCGUGUACUAGGAGGGGAGACAGGAUCUAUAGCGGAUGCAUUUGUUUUAAACGCUGCUGCAUCUCUCUUGGUGUGCGGACUAGUCAGUAACCUCGGUGAUGGAGUAGCCCUUGCUCGUAAAACACAACAAUCUGGCAAGGCUCUAAAGACAUUGGAGUCAUGGAUAGAUGUAUCAAAUAAAGCGAAAGAAGCUACAGCAAUUAUCGCUUAAUCCUCCUCUUAACGUCCUUAAUCAAAUCUCUUCGUUUGAGGAAGCUUGUUGUAGAUUAUUCCUGUACUCAAAGAGUUGAUGUAUCGACGUUUUGCUCAUAUCCAUUCUCCCUCGCCUAGAAUUCGGGGGAAAAUCGCUCAUCUUUUUUUGUGUAUGCGCUUUGGAUAGCAUAAUUGCUGGGUUUUUUCCAUUAGUUUAUAUCAUUAGGAAACUCACAUACCGCUGUUGAUGAAGUUGUAUAGUGACAUUUUUGUUUAAAGGCAUUUACUAUCUGCUCUUUGUUAAACUCCCAUGUAGUCUUUCUCUGAAGUAAAUCAUGAUAUCAUUUAUAUA